AUGGAUGUGGUACCCGAUACGAACGAGCGCACUCGCAAACGUGCUCGCACGUCUUCUCCGACCCAUCCCGAUCUGAACGCUUUCGAGCACGACGCCAAGCUCUGGUUUUCUGACGGAAAUAUCAUACUGGCAUGUGGAAGUACGGGCUUCUGUGUACACGCCGGCGUGCUCUCCUUGAACUGUCGGAUGUUUAAGGAUAUGCUGGCGAGCGGCACGCCAUCUGCUGGAGAAGUGUACGAGGGCAUUGAUGUUGUUCGCCUGAGCGACGCGGCGGAGGAUGUACGGUUACUUUUGACACCGAUGUACUAUCGCAGAGAAGGGCCGAUGCAUUCUGUCUACACGGUAGCAAAGCUCAAGGCUUUACUCAACAUGACGCGCAAAUACAUGGCGGAUGAGAUCCAGCAAGACGCGAUGAACCAUCUACGAGAGCUAUUCCGGCUCUCGAUCGAGCACAGUUUAUGCAGCCAAGCCUCCGCCCCGAUUCUAAACUGUUCGAUCCUUGGGUGGCGGUGGAGAUAUCCUUGGAGCAUGAUGUGCCAAUCAUUCUGCCUAUGGCAUUAUACUACACGGUGCAGAAGUGCACGCUCACCCGACUUCUCGACCUGGGACUCUUGCCUGAGGUGCUCCGCAUAG